GAGAACAUAACCUGAAAGAGGAGACAGAUAACCCACUAUCUAUCUACGGAUGAACUGUCAAUUCCGGUGUGUAGAGAGGCGUGUUUUGCGAUCGUGAGAAGAGGCCGGGGAAAUUCGUGUAGACUGACCAGAGUCCGCGAAUUUCCGUGAGCACCGGCGGCGACGGCGUACGCGUCACACCGCACACGAUCGCUCGAACGGCAGUCGGCAGAGUCUCGUUUAAUAAGAUUUAAUCGACGACCGCGCCCGUCGAGCCCGCGUGCCCCGCGUUCACCUCGAGUUCUCUUCGAGUCUACGCUGAUUCAUCAUCGCUGCCUUCGACAGUAUUCGACAUCCCACGCAAUCGUCUUGAUACAUCCUCUUUUACUAAGGGUAAUCGCGAAAUGACGGAGGUCUACAACUUGGGUGUCGAUGCCAUCAGCUGUCACGCGUGGAACAGAGAUAAAACUGAGGUUGCCGUAUGCCCAAACAACAAUGAGAUCCAAGUGCACAAACGUACUUCAUCCGGAUGGAAGUUACUCGAGACCUUGGAGGAACAUCACAUGGCUGUCAUGGGAAUCGACUGGGCGCCAAAAACCAAUCGCAUAGUCACCUGUUCCGCAGACAAGAAUGCCUAUGUAUGGACUCAGAAAGAAGACGGCAAGUGGGAUCCCGCUUGGGUUCUUUUGCGAAUAAAUCGAGCCGCUACUUGUGUAAAAUGGUCUCCUUUAGAAAAUAAAUUUGCCGUGGGUUCCGGAGGACGAGUUAUAGCUGUUUGUUACUUUGUAUCAGAGAAUAAUUGGUGGUUAUGUAAACACAUUAAGCGUCCAUUGAGGUCUACGGUAACUACCGUUGAUUGGCACCCUAAUAAUAAGGUUCUGGUCGCGGGAUCGACGGACUACAAAGUCCGUGUCUUCAGUGCAUUUAUCAGUGAUAUGGAGGAUCCUGGUACUAGUGCUUGGGGACAGAGUAAUACCUUAGGAACAUUGUUGGCUGAGUUUCCUAAUACACCCAAUGGAGGUGGCUGGAUACAUUCAGUAGCAUUUAGUCCAUGUGGCAAUAAAAUCUGUUGGGUAGCACACAACUCGUCCGUAUGUGUUGGUGAUGCUACUAAAGGAUAUGCAGUCAUGAGACUAUAUACAGAGCAUUUACCGUUUUUAAGCUGCAUUUGGAUAGGUUCUAAUAACAUUGUUGCUGCUGGGCAUAGCUGUAUGCCAAUGUUAUAUUCCGUAGAUGACAACGGACAAAUAUAUUUUGUUUCAAAGUUGGACAACACGCAAAAAAAGGAGAUUGCUGGAUUAUCUGCUAUGCGAAAAUUCCAAUCGCUAGAUCGACAAGCGAGAAGCGAGACGAAUGAUAAUGCUUUGGAUAGCGUGCAUCAAAACACAAUCAACUGCGUUCGCCGAGUAUCCGAUCAUGAAUUUAGCACAAGCAGUUUAGACGGACAACUUGUAGUUUGGGACUUGAAGCUUCUAGAGAAUUCCAUUGCUGGUCUCAAGAUAGCGUAAGCAUGAAACUUUUUUUAUAUUGCAAAGAUCAGAGAUAUUACAUCCAAUACAACGAUGUAUAAAUGUUAAAAUGAAUACUAUACAAUUUCU